CAAAAGGAGCCGGCUGUAAACAAAGCAAUCCAGUCUCAGGUCGUCAUGAGUGUGAACAUUGUCAUAAAGUGUUUUCGUUUUCACAAGGACUGCGUAGACACAAAUGGAAAUGUGAAGGGUCACGCAUUUGGCCAUGUUCUUAUUGUGACAAAUAUUUCUAUCGUUCUGAUCAUCUAAAGAUUCAUCAGAAAUCUUAUCAUGAAAAUAGUUUUCUUAUUGACCGAAUAUGAUGUCUUAGCUUUUGGCCUGCUGUAAUGUCCUCUUAAGGUUAAGUUUAUAAUAUAGAUGUUAAUAUUGUUAGGGGUAGCUUGCGA